UAAAUUCAAAUAGUUCCACAAGUAGUGCAGAUCAAUCUCAUUCGAUACCAACUUUGAAUAUUGUCUUAAAUUAAUAGAGUGAUAACUACACAAGAAAAACUUAAUUCGAAAUGCCUUUCGUAGGCCUAGGAGAUCAUCCAAAUAACUGGCAGUAUCGCCGUCACCGGAACCAAUUCUUGGGUCGCCACCAUGUCGGUGACUGUGUGGAGGAGCAGGAGGACGUGGAUCCUCGACAGAGGGGCAUCCUGCAGAGCACCAGCUGCCGGCGUCAUCGGGAAAGGCUGCGCUCCUCCAAGCAGUCGGAUAUGCGGCGAAGUCUCGUCAUCAUUGCGGGGCUGGUGGUGGUUUGUAGCGCGGUGAUCCUUCUUGGAAUCGAUUUGCCCACAGAGCGGAAGGACAUUCCCGAACAGCAGGAGGAUGGCCUCUGGUCGGGCGCCUUUAGGCUGCUCGGUUUGGAACAGGACCAGCCAGCAGGAUACUCUUUUAUGCAACCCAAUGCUGAGUUCUGCAGUCCGCAGGCUCUGGACUUGAGGCGGAUCUUUCGGCAGAUGAACAAGGUCGUCCUCAAUCAGGAGCAGGCGAUGGCUCGCCUGGAGCGGGCACUGAGCGGCACGGAACGCUUCCGCUCGGUGGCUCUAAUUGGACCGCCGGGAGUGGGGAAAACCCUGGCGGCCAACACCUUGCGAGAGUGUUCUCCCUGGCCGGAAAAUGCGCACUCGUACUCCUGGAACACUCGGGUUCAAGAUGAAGCGAGAAAAUUCCGACUGGUGAGGCAGUACGCCGAAGGGCUUUCGAACUGCGGAGUCAAUCUGCUUAUUAUCGAUAAUCUGACGCCCUGCGACCACGGAUUGGUACCCAUCUUUAAUAGACUGAUUGUGGAGCGCGAAGGCGAUCAAAACCGGAAUCAAACUGUGCUGGUCGUCUACAUUUUCAAUCUGGAAACGGAGAUGUACUGGGAGCAGUGCGAAUUGCUGCAAGAAUUGCCAGCGGAGACUGCCAUGAUUAACUUUCGGUUCUUUAACCGAGAUGAUCUUCAGGAUUGCCUGACCAAUGAGUUGUUAAAAGAGCAUCGAGCUCUUAGCAGGGAGAAGGAGUCCCAAAUACUCGAUGAGGCCAUGGAGAUUGUGCAAGACUCUGGAUGCAAAAGCCUGAGAAUGCUUCUUUUAAAAAAUGGAAACAAACUUUAAAAUUUUAUAUAUGUAAUAAUUUAUAAGACCUAACAAUGAAAUUUACCCAAGCUAAAUUAACAGUACUAUAAUUAAUAAUAAUAAUUUUAUUCAUUUCUUUAAAAA